ACUUUGAAGCAUCAGAUGAAGACUCGGUGGUGAUCAAAGAUAUGAAACAAGCAUUCAGAAAUGACUUGGAGAAGCGCUACACCGGCCUGGAUGAUCUCUUCUACACUGCACCAGCUCUGGACCCCCGGUUCAAAUCUCUGCCCUUCCUGACGGACCAUGAUGCUGACGGACCAUGAUGCUGAGCGGACGUUCACAAGCAUAACAGCAGAAGCUACAUCCCUGCAUAACAAGGCAACAGGGGAUCCAGUCCAGAGAGGUCCACUGCAGACAAAUCCAUGUCAGACUGAACCUGCCCUUGGAGAUCUGGACAUCAGCAUUGAUGCACCCCAGAACCAAGAAGAGCCAGAUGAUGAUGACCCUCCUGUCAAAAAGAAGAAAAUGUCAGCGUUGGACCAGCUGUUGGGAAAAGACUUUGAAGUGAGGAUGGCAGCUACAUCUGUAAGAGACAAGGCCAGUGAAGAAGUCAAGAGGUACAGAGAGCGUGAUCCGUUGCCCCUGCAAAAAAAAACACUACAGUGGUGGAAAGAGCAGCAGGACUUGCCACUGCUGUCAUCUCUCGCUAAAAGAUACCUCUGCAUCCCGGCCACCAGUGUGGCAUCUGAACGUGUGUUCAGUACUGCGGGAGACAUUGUUUCCACAAAACAUAGUCUGCUCAAACAUGAGCAUGUGGAUCAGUUGAUUUUCCUUAAAAAAAAUCUGCCCUCCAAAAAAACAGGACAGUGA